CUCCAGUGGCGUCAUACGUCAUAAAUGGAAUGCAUGCCCCGCAAACACCGUGUGAGUGGCGCUGCUUCCGAGGUCUGUUAUAAACUCCAAGUCUUCGCAUCAACCGACACCAUCACGUCACUCAGCCCACCGUCUGUGCCAAGGACCGAUAUCGCUAGACAUGGAAGGUCAUAUUUUUGUGGUGGCGUCGUGCUUGAUUUGCACAGGAUAAAGUGGUCGCCUCCGCCUCAUCCAAGGAGAGGGCAUCGCGCCCAUCGCAUGCGUGAACGUCGACAUGCGAACCCCCAAGAAACUCUAAAGACCCACAUACGCUUGAGCAUUCAAAUAUCUUCAGCAGGGCCAGCGCCAACACGUAGCAUCCCUCAUCGCGUCUGGUCAAAGGCUCCAUGGGGUCUGGCGUCGUCAACAGAGCUGUAAGUGGUGCUUCCAAAGGGAUGUCGGCACGAUGGGCAUGAUUGAACACACAACUGACUCAUUCACGGCCGCCCGUCCAAAGUAGUUGCAAUCGAGCACUUGUGCAUGGCAAGGGCAGCCUCUAGGUCCUUUCACCAUUUGGUCUGUCCAUUUCUCUCGAAUGAAGUCGGUUGUUGUCCUCA